AUGUCAUCUACAUCGACCAGACUCCGAUCGACGCGACCCUUUCAGCCCUCCGAUGGGCGCAAAGAACCCGACCUCGGUGGGGGGGGCCUAUCCUCGCUCAGUCUCGACGUCUUCAAGACCCUAAUUGACAGGCGGAAUGUUCGCAGUACGGAUGAAGCCCAGCCGAAGCGACGGGGGCCGAAGCCCGACCGAAAACCAGCUCUGACGAGGAGGCAGGAGCUGAAUAGACAAGCCCAGCGAACCCACCGGGAGCGUAAAGAGAUGUACAUUACGAGCCUGGAGGAUGAAGUACUGAGGCUCAAAGAAGUAUACAGCACAGCAUGUCAGGAGAAGGCUAAACUGAUCGACGAAAACAAAGAGCUGAAAGGCUUGCUUGUUCAGCACGGCGUUUCACUCCCGACCCCCUCCAGCCCAGAAAGCGGACAAUACCAGUCAGAUCACAGUGGGCUGAUCUCGCCUGGUACCUUACAAUCAACCACGGAAGCGUCCACGGCAUCGCCAAACACUCAACCACCUCUGGAUAGGCAAAAGCUAGGCAACAAUGAGCUAAAGCAGGAAACGUUAAGCGGCAUAGACUAUGACCAGGCCGGCAUUGAUUUUGUCCUCGCACUCGAACGCCCCUGCAUGGACCAUAUGCCUGUCUUGUUGGAUGUUUCGAGCGAAGCUGAAUGUCAGCCAUGCGGCCAUGCCCUCAUGGUGUCAUGUCCGCCACGCCCAUUCGACGAAUUGUCACCAGAAGACACAUUUGGCCAAUGCCCGCUCCGGAGCGGCCCAAAUUCGGGGCAGAGGACAUGGAAGCUGGAGAAGGGCGACCUCUCAAAGCUCUUGGAACUCAGCUCACAACUCGACCUCGACGGUGAAGUCACCCCAGUGAUGGCAUGGACCAUGAUCCUGGCGCACCCAAGGAGUCGAGAUCUGAAGGCUCAAGACUUCGUCACGUUGGCUGGAGAGUUACAGAAGAAAAUCAGAUGCUACGGGUUCGGCGCAGUCACCGAGGAAUUCGAGGUGCGAGACGCCAUCGAAAAUGUCCUUGGAAACCGGCUUGACUGCCACUUUCCCAAGCUCCUCAGGAUCGACCCAAGGAGAGCAAAGAUGUCUGCCGAUACACUCGACUACCUUCGCAUAUGCGAGAGCUGCCCUCCUGGCGACGGCUGGGGGCCCUCUGUAACCGCCGAGACAACCCUCGACGGUGUGCCCUAUGCGCCUUUCUCCAAGGGUGACAAGUUGGGUCGCAUGGCCGACUGGACUCUAGAGGGCAAGGACCGAGAGCGCGGCGGUCGUAUGCAGUUCAACCGCAGCUACAGAGACCAACAAGUAUACGGUGCCAGCCAUGCUGUCACCUUCAACGCCCCCGCUGCCGAGGACGAGUCCACAUUCUCCAUUGUCACAAACACACGAGACUCCACCAAGACGAGAUAUGGCCGUGGAGCCGUCUUCACUCGCGGCCGUGGCCAGCGUGGUGGCCGAGGCGAUGCUCGCGGUGGACGUGGCCAGUCUCAGCGAUCCGGCCCUGGUGGCCGACAGAGUGGCUACGACCGUGGCCGAGGUGCUGGUGGAGCGCGUGGCCGCCGUUUCGGCUGGAAGGACUACGACAAGCCAGCCCGCAACCGAGACGCCAGUGUCGCCAUCCGUGCUGACUGGGAGCUGCUUGAGGAGAUUGACUUCAACCGUCUGGCUAAGCUGAACCUCGACACCGACGAGGGAGAGGACCUGGAAGACUACGGAUUCCUCUACCCCUACGACCGCUCCUACGACAAGCCUCCCGUCAAGGGCUCCGAGAGAAAACUCACAGCCAUCGACCGUGCCUCAUACAACAUUACCACCUCAAAUGACCCCAUCAUCCAGGAGCUCGCCGAGAAGGACGAGGCCACCAUCUUUGCCACAGACAGCAUUCUGUCCAUGCUCAUGUGCUCUACCCGCUCCGUCUACCCCUGGGACAUCGUCAUCGUGCGCCAAGGAAACAAGAUCUUCCUCGACAAGCGCGAGAAUGCCACUCUGGAUAUGGUGACAGUCAACGAGAACGCCGCCGACUCUCCUCUCGACGCUUCCGAGGGCAGCAAGGACAGCGUCAACCAACCCGCUGCCCUUGCUGAGGAGGCCACAUACAUCAACCACAACUUCGCCAACCAGGUCGUCAACGAGAGCGAGUCCGCCAAGGUCCAGAUGGCCCACAACAACCCCUUCUACAACGCCUCGGAGGACACCGACCCGCCUGCCAGCAAGGCCUACAGGUACCGAAGAUUCGACUUGUCGACCAACGAGGAGGACCCCGUCUACCUUAUUGUCCGUACCGAGGUUGAUGCCGUCCAGAAGAACAGCAUCAGCGGCGAGGAUCAGCUCAUGACCAUCAAGGCUCUGAACGAGUUCGACAGCAAGGCCCAGGGCAGCGGCGGCGCCCUGGACUGGAGGAGCAAGCUCGUCACCCAGCGUGGUGCCGUGGUGGCGACCGAGAUGAAGAACAACAGCUGCAAGCUUGCUCGCUGGACCGUACAGAGCAUCCUGUCCAGGUCCGACAUCAUGAAGCUUGGUUUCGUUUCCCGUGUCAACCCCCGCUCCAACGACAAGCACGUCAUCCUGGGCGUCAUCGGCUGGAAGCCUCGCGACUUCGCCAACCAGAUGAACCUGUCGCUGUCCAACGGUUGGGGCAUCGUCCGAACCAUUGCCGACAUGUGUCUCCAGCGCGACGACGGCAAGUUCGUCCUCGUCAAGGACCCCAACAAGUCCAUCCUGCGCCUGUACGAGGUCCCUGUCAGCACCUUUGAGGAGGAUGAGGAUGAUGAGGAUGGGCCCCAAGAGGAGGCCGAGGCUGAGGGAGCCGAGGAGUAA